UCCUCGCGCCUAAUCACCCCCAGCCGUGGCUGAGCUUCUCGCACAGAUUGAAAGGGAAAGGUAGAAGGACAGCAGUCUGUUGCGAUGAAAACAAAGUGGCAUCUCUAUAUUAUGUGGAGUGUUUUAUCACUUGGCAUCCUCAGCUACGCACAGGACACUUAUGAAUCUCCAUUCACCAGAAAGGAAACGCAUUUUAAACAGCAUAAAUCAAAAUCUAUCAAACAUUUAACGACAGGCGAAAGAGAAUCCUCCCACAGGUUACCUGCCAUCACUUCCCCAAUGUCUCUACUCACUUCCAGAUCCAUGGGUCCAGAGGCAAAGCUCCAGUCGGACUUUGCUUACCUGCCAAAAGCUUCUGUCACCUGCUCCACGUCGGACUUUGUCUUGCGGGUCAAACCAGCGUUCUUCGGCCAGGGUGCAGAUGCAGAGGAGCUGAGAUUAGGCAACGGCUGCAAAAGCAACGGGGUUCUCAGACCCUACGGUGACCUGCUCUUCACGUACCCUCUGACGGCGUGUGGAGCCGUGCGGGAGUCGACCCCCGGUUAUCUGCUCUACAAAUUCACACUCCAUUAUGAGCCUUCGCCAAAACGUUUCCCAACUACAGCGCAGCGGAUCGAUGUGGGCAUUGAAUGCCGAUAUCAAAGGAUCCACCAUGUGCACAAGCUGACUGUGCAGCCCACCUGGGAAGCUGCUGUUAUGCGUAAAAAUCUGAAGGGAGAUUCCAACGACUUCCAGUUGGAGUUGAUGGAUGAUUCGUGGAGCACACCUGUCCACUCACAGGUAUACCAGCUUGGAAAGACGGUUAAUUUCCAGAUCUCUGCCCCUCACCUCUCAACUGGAUCAAAACUGUACAUCAAUACCUGCUAUUCUUCACCAUCCAGUGACUCUAAAUCAUCCCUCAAAUAUGCCAUCAUUGACAAUUUUGGCUGUAUGCUGGACAGUAAGAGCGACCCGGGGGCGUCUCGGUUCAUCUCUCGGACAGACAAGACCCUCAGAUUCUCCAUCAAGGCUUUCCAGUUCACUGCAGACCCUGACUCUGAGGUUAAUAUUCACUGCAAGUUAUUGGUCUCAUCUGAAGACCCAGGUCCUGCUCACAAAUCAUGCACCUACAAAACAAACAGUUGGAAGGCCCUCACUGGUAAAGACUCCAUAUGUGAUUGCUGUGAUUCACAGUGUGUGCCUUCCAAACUCCAGAGGGCCAUGAUGGAAGGUUUUGCCAGCAGUGGGUCUUUGCUGGUCUCUGAUCAACCGUACGCAGAGGACGAUGGCUUUCUACCAGUCGGCAUUAGCAGAGACAGCCAGGCCACGAUACACAACACCAAUAAGCUGCACACUCAAGAGACCCCGUUGGAAACUGAGGAUGUAGUGACUUACGAUGAUGAUGAUGAUGAUGAUGAUGAUGGUGGUUACAAUGAAGAGCCAAACCAGGCAGAUGGAGAAAUAGAAAAAGAGGAGGAGCGGUUUGAAGAGGAUGAAGAAGAAAGUGGGUUUAUCCUUGGAGUGAUGCCUGAAGCUGAACCUGAUUCGGAUGAGUUAGGAUUUAGGGAGAGGGCCUCAGUUGAGUCUAAGGUGAUGGAUUUACAUCAGUUAAAAGAGGAUGGGUCAGGGUUUGUUGUUCGUGAAGAGGAGGAAGAAUUUAUAGGAAAAGAUGAGACCCAUUUGAAUCCGGAAGAGGCUGAAGUCCUACGACAUUGGGAGCAGUUGGAUGAAAUAUUCCUAUCACAAGUUGUCCCACAUGGAGAGUCACAGCUGCCAGCUUCUGACGGUGAGGAACAGGAGAGCAAGCAAACCGGUAGAGAUGAAGAGCAUGAGAGGAUGAUGGAGGAGGAGUGGGAGGACGAUGACAGUCUAGAAGAUUUACUAGAUGAUAGUGAGAUGACCUGGUAUUUCAAAUGGAGGUAGCAUUGGGUCCAUAUAUUGAUCAGUACUCUGCUCAAAGACUGUAACCCUCCAUGACAGAAGGAUCUUCUGAUGUAUUUCAAUAAAAAACAUGAAAAUGCA